UGUGUGUGUGUGUGUGAUUUGUGUGUGUGACUGAUAUCCUGUCACAUAAAGACUAAAAUAAAACACAUUUUUUUUGCUGCACAUCAAUUUGUUUUUCCGUAUGAGAGUGACUGGCACGGCACGCUGCACUGCUGCACUUGUUGAUGUUGAUGCGUCAAGAGACUAUCAUUUUGUGUGUGUGUGUGUGUGUGUGUGUGUGUGUGUGUGUGUGUGUGUGUGUGUGUGUGUGUGUGUGUGAGUUUCUUGUGUGCAAGCUGAGUGUUUGUGAUAAAGCCCCCCCACACCUUAAAUGCUGCAACUCUCUAGACUGACUAAUCCAAAUAGUUUGGAGAAUGUUCACUGGGAACAGCUCAAUUCAAACGUUGCCAUGACACACACACGAGAUGCCAAACAACUGCCUUGGGGAGCGACUCUGUGCCACAGAACAAAUUUACACACACACACACACACACACACACACACACACACACACACACACACACACACACAUGCUCCUAGUGUUAAUCUAUGGAGAACAGACAGUGUUAGUGUGUGCAGCGUGGUGGCAGUUCCACAGGAAAUGACUGGAUGUGAUAUGUUAGUGGGGAUAGAUGGCAUGUGGGUGGAUUGGAGUGGAUUGGAGUGGACUGGAGUGGACACCCUCACACACACACAGCUCUCCCAAAGUUUGCCUCACAUGCCAAAGCCCUGUGUGUGUGUGUGUGUGUGUGUGUGUGUGUGUGUGUGUGUGUGUGUGUUGUGUGUGUGUGUGUGUGUGUGUUUGUGUGUGUGUUUGUGUGUGUGUGUGUGUGUGUGUGUGUGUGUGUGUGUGUUUGUGUGUGUGUGUGUGUGUGUGUGUGUGUGUGUGUGUGUGUGUGUGUGUGUGUGUGUGUCCGCUGGUCCUGAGCUCUGAGCUCUCGUUGGUGUUUAUAAAGCGGGGAGUGCUGAGGGUCAGCCAGGAAGACUGUAGCAGGCCCAGCACCAGGUCUGUUCCCAGUGCCAGGAGCGUUUAGCCAGUCAGGCUGACACAGAGCAGGAGCUGCUCUGCUCGUGCUGAAGGAACGCAGAACCGAAACCCUCCACUACACACACACACACACACCACACACACACACACCUCCAACACCCUCCACCACUAACCUCUCCCAGCACUCAGCUUCCACAGGAACUUUGUGCUCAAACCCACUCUGCUUCUGUUGUGAACAUGGCAGGUGAUGAUGAUGAUGAUGAUGAUGAUGAUGAUGGUGAUGGUGGGGUUGUGAUGAUGAUGAUGAUGGUGGUUGUGAUGAUGAUGAUGAUGGUGAUGGUGAUGAUGAUGAUGAUGAUGAUGAUGGUCAUGAUAGUUCACUAGUGUCCCUGCCUUGUAGACGUGAGUGUUAAUAGACCUUUGCUGACCAGAAAAUGGCCAAGUGUACCACCACACUGUGCAAUGCAACUAGUCAUCCUGCUGAAGCAGCCUUUUGGAUUCUUUGGUUCAGACUGAAUGCAUGUGCAUCUACUGUUUGGUGAAUUAACUGAUCAUUUAGAUUAUCCUCUGUUUGAUUUGAUUUCUCUUUAUUUUACAUGCCUUGGUUUCACUAUUCUCUGUUCUUUCCUUUUACUGAUAGUACACUGAUAUAAACUGUACUUCCAUAGCACCUUCCUAUAGCUGCAUGGGGUUUCCAUAUAGUCACUAUACCUUAACUGUAAUAAAGAUGCUUCUGGUAAGACUCUUCCUUCUCUUGUCCUCUUUCUCCGUUUCCUUCUAUGUCAUUUCCUUUUCCUGUUCUUUUGUCUUUCUCUCCUCCGAUGUAAUUCCUGUAGGGAGACAGAGUCAGAGCAUGGACAGGGCAGAGAGGAGCCUUCAGACAAGAGCGCCACAGAGACCCUGCUCCCGUUAUGUAACGGCCAGGCUACGGAGGAGGCUGAGGCCAAGGUGGAGACGACGUCAGCCGGGGACUGUGUCCAGGUCUCGGAGGAGAUUACCCACAAUUCCCCCUCUCUCCCAGGCUCUGCCAGCAGCGCUGAGCCAGAACACUUGGCUCUGGCCCUCUGCGAAUGGUCUGACCAGACCACAGAGCCAGCCGCUGACAGUAAUAGUGCGUGUUUGUAUGAGGACAGUCCUGUGACAGACACUUCCUCUGAGGCACCAGUGCUCCUAAGUCCCUCUCUCUCUUCCCAGAGUACUGACCAACCACCACUAGAUGGCGGUGCCAUCUCAGGAGAGAACCUGAGUCUGUCUUGUGUAGUGGAGGCUUCUGUUGUUCCUGAUGAAUCCUCUGGUCAGGAGAUGAAGCGAUCUUCCACUCCCAUGCCUGACACAAACAGUCCAGCCGAGCAGGUGUUCGCUCUGGCCCCAGAUCAGACGGAGGUCUCUCUCUUGUGCGCAUCUCCAUCUCUAAAGCCCAUCGGCUCUCCAGCGCCUCUCAGAAGGGAGCUCCUGUUGAACCCUCUCGAGUUCCUCCCGCGGGGUGCCCCGUGCCCACCCCUGCCCCGUGCCCUUGCCCCCAAUGCCCCCGGUGCCCCUGGUGCCCGCGCGGCCCCGCUGCGGGACAAGGCCCCCAUUGUGAGCGGCCCACAGGCCAGCGGCUUGAGGCCGUCUGAGGGAGGGCUCUCUCAGUCUCUGCUGGACGCCCUGCUCAUCACGCCCAUCACCCAGAAUCCCCCUCUCCGCCUGCGGAAGAACAAACGGCGCUGGGCCACCACGGUGGUCCUGCCCAAAAGCAAGAGAGUCUCCUGGCAUCAGUCUGUUGUUGACCCGGACGACCCUUCCCUCUCCUCGCCUGUAAACGCUGUCUAUAUCUUUAGCGAGGAGGUGGAGGAGCCUCAGGUCAACACCCACGGGACCUGUGCGGUCAAGACCAUGGUGAAGGGGCCAGCCGUCGGGACACCCCGCAACAAUGGCAAUGGUGCCACCACCCAGGUACUUGCCAACAAGAGCAGGGGCCACGUGGGCCUCAUCACCCCCACAUUUGGGGGUCCCAACAGCAGCCCCAAGGUCCCCAUCAUGGACAGGCCCGUCCCCCAGGCGCACCCCAAGGACGAGGACUCGCUGGUGCAGAGGGCCGAGCAUGUUCCCGCAGGCACCCGGACGCCUGUGUGCGCCCACUGCGAAAAAGUCAUCAGAGGGCCCUUCCUGGUGGCGAUGGGCAAGGCGUGGCACCCGGAGGAGUUCAACUGCGCCCACUGCCGCACCUCUCUGGCCGACAUCGGCUUUGUGGAGGAGCAGGGCUCCGUGUACUGUGAGCACUGCUACGAGGAGUUCUUCGCUCCCGCCUGCGGCCGCUGCCAGGGGAAGAUCCUGGGGGAAGUGAUCAAUGCCCUGAAGCAGACCUGGCACGUGCACUGCUUCCUGUGUGCGUCCUGCCAGCAGCCCAUCCGCAACAACACCUUCCACCUGGAGGACGGCGAGCCCUACUGCGAGAGAGAUUAUUACAACUUGUUUGGGACCAGCUGUCAUGGUUGUGAUUUUCCUAUCGAGGCAGGGGACAAAUUCCUCGAGGCCCUGAGCUUCACAUGGCACGACACCUGCUUUGUGUGUGCGGUAUGCUGCGCCAGUCUUGAGAGUCAGACUUUCUUCUCCAAGAAGGACAAGCUGUUGUGUAAGAAGCACGCCAACACUGCCAAAAUAUGAGCUUCGGUCGUGAAGAGCUGCAGAGGAUCAGGGCGAGAUGGAGAGAGAGUGAGAGAGAGAGAGAGAGAGAGAGAGAGAGAGAGAGAGAGAGAGAGAGAGAGAGAUCACAUUCUUUUGUGUGAGAGGGAGAACCUUUUUAAAGUAAAGUCUUUUUUUUCUUUCACACUAAAGUAAGACUGUCUUUGUUAAGUCCCUUGUAAAUUCAGAAUCUAGACUCCUCUCUCACCCCUAGAUGAUAAUAAAUGGAAGAAGCCAUGGGUUGAAGUUCAGUUUUUCAAACCAACUUUAGCCUAUUCAUCUUGCAGCUCAUGGCAGUGCAUUAUAGACUCAGUAUAAACAUUUUUACAAGGAGGAAAAAAGGAUUUCUUAUUGAAAAGCUGUGUUUUUUCUCUCUAUCAACAGGGGUGGCUAGUUUCUCUACUGUUUGUUUCCAUUCCUUUCCCAGAGUAAUUGAAUCACAGAAUUUGUGUAUAUUUCAUGAUAAUUUGCCGCCAUUUUUUUUCUCCUCUGUGUGAAUGGCAUUCUUUAAACAUCGGAGAGAAAGCUUUUUUUUUCUGAGGGGGUCAGGUCAAAGCUGGACUAGUCCAUCUAGCUGAAAGUCCAUCUGUGGCUACACCUCCUCUGGAUGAAUGGAGCCUGUUGUCUGGGGUAACAGAGUUAAACAGCGACGCGGGUCGGAUCACAUGUGUCCCAUGCACUUGAAAUGUGUGCUAAUAUCGUAAAUCCUCUCUGGUUCUUGUACUCCAGCAUGGCUUUCGGCUCACUCUCUUACACAUCACCAUUAUGUGUGUGUGUGUGUGUGUCAAUGAGGGGGAAGCUAACAAUACGAACAUGAAUUAUGUUAACGUGUUGGAACAUGAAGAAAUGCAGGUGCCUAAACCUUGGUUAGAGUUUAAAAUGGUCAGUUUAAAAUAAAAGUGGACAUUCAUCUUGAACUGAGUCAAUGUCAGCACCAGGUGUUUUCCAAACGCUUCAAAAAUCCAUCCAGGUCAUAGUAGGCCUACUACAUUUUGGAUUCCUUCAUAAGAAAUAUGAUGAGAUAUAAAGAAUGUGGGAAACUUCAUUAUAUUAUUUAAUUGUCAUAUGGCAUAUAUUUUUUCUUUUUUUCUCUUUCUGUUUUUUGUCUCUAACACAAAAAUAACAUAAACAGAUGAUAACCAGAUUAUAAUACCUGUUUGGCUUAAUUUGCUUUUAUCAUGUGGGUAAGGGAGAGACUCAGUGUUUUCUUUUCAGAAUUCAUUGUCAUAAACUAAUGAAAAUGUUGUGAUUACUUUACUUUCCAGAUGAUAAUGUAUUUCAAUAUUGUCAAAAGAAUAAAACAAAGAAAAAUA